UCUAGGGACGGGACUGCGCCUGCGCGAGGCCGGGCGAGGCGGGCUGGAAAAGCUGGCGCUGGAGUGGGACCUGGAGUGAGCCGGCCGGGCACCCGCACCCGCGGCUGCGCCCAGCUCCGAGCGCCGGCGACCCCCGGGCUGGGCCCGCGGCGGCGAGGAACUGUGACGAGCACACGUGUGCUUGCAGGGGAACCUCUGGACCAUGCAGUGGUGAGAAUGUUCCGGAAAGGCAAGAAGCGGCACAGCAGCAGCAGCUCCCAGAGCAGCGAAAUCAGCACCAAGAGCAAGUCUGUGGAUUCCAGCCUGGGGGGCCUCUCACGAUCCAGCACAGUGGCCAGCCUUGACACAGACUCCACAAAGAGCUCAGGACAAAGCAACAAUAAUUUAGAUACCUGUGCAGAAUUCCGCAUAAAAUACGUCGGUGCCAUUGAAAAACUGAAAAUCUCCGAGGGAAAAAGUCUUGAGGGGCCGCUGGAGCUGAUCAACUACAUAGACGUCGCCCAGCAAGAUGGAAAGCUGCCUUUUGUUCCUCUGGAGGAAGAAUUUAUUAUGGGAGUUUCCAAGUAUGGUAUCAAAGUGUCCACAUCAGAUCAGUAUGAUGUUCUGCACAGGCACGCCCUGUACCUCAUCAUCCGCAUGGUGUGCUAUGACGACGGGCUGGGGGCCGGGAAGAGCCUCCUGGCUCUGAAGACCACCGAUGCAAGCAAUGAAGAGUACAGCCUGUGGGUGUACCAGUGCAGCAGCCUGGAGCAGGCACAGGCCAUCUGCAAGGUGCUGUCCACCGCUUUCGACUCCGCACUCACAUCUGAGAAGUCUUGAAUCCUGGCAGCCUCGUCAGAAUGUCCGGCUCGUGUCUGAAACUGGCUGUCUGCAGUGUUGAACUGUUACGGGAACAUGAAGUCAUCCUUUCUCCACACGUCCUGG